ACUCGCGAAUGUAUUCUCUACAUGGCGCUCUUAUCUAGAUACGUUAUUCGACGCUUUGAGAUGUUUUGACUUUGUGUUGAAUUUGGGGAAGUCGAAUUUAAAAGCGGUUGGUGGGGUAGGAAACACUUAACAUCGUCCCGCCCUGGCUUUAUCUGUAACGGCACGUCCGGGUGCUCAAAAGAAGGCGCUAUUCUGGUUGGCAACCUUACAAUUACAAAGCCAAACCAAACGUGACGACGUUGGCGUCUGCUCGGAAAGAAAACAACCAACCAUACAUUAAGUAUUAAUAUUCAUUUAUUGUAGCAUAAACGCCGGCCACUUCGAGAGGAGUAACAAAAAAAACAAACUCCGUGUUAGCUCCUCCUUGUGGGCGACGAGGCAAAAAAAAGGGGGGGCUAGCUCGGGAAGCUAAUGGUUAGCUUUGCUCGAGGAAGCUGCGCACGUCACCUCCACGCGCCAAAUGGCUGCACGCUGGCUCUGCAGUGCUCGUUUUCGAACACCUCGCUAACGUCGCCGAGCUCCACCUGAUGGGAAGGCGGUCCAGUUAAAGAUGUGCGCCAAUGUGUUCGGAGUGUUGAAGAGCCUCUUCGGGAAGCCCUUUGAUGGUGGGAAGAGGAUGGAUCAUGGGGGGCCCCAGCAGCAGCAGCCCGCGGAGCAGCAGCACCCCGCCAUGACACGUCUGUACGAGGUGCGCAAGGAGGUCACCUCCCUGCGGUCUCAGGUGUGCAACUUCAGCGGGCUGCAGCACGACCGCGACUACAAGCGUCUGGAGCGCGAGCUGACCCGCCUGCUGCUGGAGGUGGACCAGGUGGCCACGGAGGGCAAAGCCGAGCUCCAGGGCGAGCGCAAGCGGGCGGCGCAGGAGGUGGAGGGGCUCCUGCGCUACCUGGAAGAGAACGCCACCCACCCGUCCCGCCUGGCCAUGGAGGAACUAAGCGACGAGGCGCGGCGGCUGGUGGACGAGCGCGUGGUGGCGCCGCAGCGCUCGGGCGGCGUGGCGGAAAUGGACGACGAGCUGGUGGAGCUGCUGCAGCAGUUGGUGCUGAGGCUCACGCAGGUGAAGACGGAAGGCCGGGUGCCGCUGCGCAAGGCCCGCUACCGGGCGCUGACGCGGCUGUGCGCCGUGCAGGAGGUGAUGGAGGGGCGCACCCAGCGGCAGACCCUCUCGCUGCCGCUCUCGGGCGAGACCCACGCCGCCGUGGACUGCAUCAAUCAGGUGAUGGCCAAGGUGAGCGUGGCGCGCGGCCAGCUGGUGGCGCUGCUGAUGGGCCUGAGCGGCCGGGACAGCUGCGCUCACCUCUCGCGCCUCCUGAUGGAGAUGCAGGUGGAGCUGGACGCUCUGGACGUGUCCGGGCACGCCGCCAUCAGGAACUACCGCAAACAAGUGGUGGAGGAGAUCAACGGCCUGCUGAAGCACUUGGACCUGGAGGGAGAGGGAGAAGACACGCGCAGGUACGACCUGGCUCAGAACAACUCCAUCCGCGAGAUCGAGGCGGUGCGCGCUCACGUGGCGCACCUGCGCGAGGGCGUCCUGCGCCACUGCAUGAUGGGCGAGCUGGGCUUCAGGCCCAAAGCCGAGCUGCAGAGCCUCCUCACGCACCUGGACCAGGUGGACACGGCCAAGAACCCCUGCAUCCGCGAGGCCCGCCGCCGAGCCGUGGUGGAGGUCCAGGCCGUGGUCACCUUCCUGGACCUGCGCGAGACCCUGCUGUCCCGCCAGCCGGGCCCCGGCGAGCACCCGGCGAACCGGGCCGUGUGGCUGGUCCUCGGCAGCCUGUCGGACCUCCAGGCCCAGGUGCUGGGCUUCGACGGCAAGCGCGCCGACAAGAGCUACAUGGUGCUGGAGGAGCUGCUCACCAAGCAGCUGCUGGCGCUCGACGCCGUGGACCCGCAGGGCGACGAGGGCACCAAGGUGGCGCGCAAGCAUGCGGUCAAGAUCGCCCAGAACAUUCUCAACUAUCUGGACAUGAAGACGGACGAAUGGGAGUACUGACCCACGGGACUCCGACUCCCAGAAUGCACUGCGACACUGCUUUAUCUUCCCCUUGUCCAACCCGCUGACUUUGAAACACUGUGCGUUUUGUAGGUUGUGUGUGUUUGUCGUCAUCGUGGAAAAGUGUGUGUGUGUGUGUGUGUGUAUAUAUAUAUAUACACACAUAUAUGUAUACGUAUAUGUAUGUAUGUAUGUAUAUAUAAGUAUAUAUGGAGGAUAUAUAUGUAUGUAUGUAUAUAUGUAUACAUAUAUGUAUGUAAGUAUAUAUAUGUAUGUAUGUGUAUAUAUAUGUGUACAUAUACAUAUGUAUGUAUGUGUAUAUAUAUGUGUACAUAUACAUAUAUAUGUGUGUAUAUAUAUAUAUGUAUGUAUGUAUGUAUAUAUACAUGUAUGUAUGUAUGUAUAUAUGUAUGUAUAUAUAUAUAGAUGUGUGUAUAUAUAUAGAUGUGUAUAUAUAUAUGUAUGUAUGUAUGUAUAUAUGUAUGUAUGUAUAUAUAUAUAUAUGUAUGUAUAUAUAUGUGUAUAUAUAUAUAUAUGUAUGUAUAUAUGUGUAUAUAUAUAUAUAUAUGUAUGUAUAUAUGUGUGUAUAUAUAUGUAUAUAUAUAUAUAUAUAUAUAUGUAUAUAUAUAUGUGUGUGUGUAUGUAUGUAUGUGAGAGCUAAGAGUUUUUGAGAUCCAUCCAGCUUAGUUUGGGCUUCACUACACGUGCGCCAGGCGUGGCAGCAGGUUGGAAGUCUUAGACUCGAAGAGGACAAGGUUUUGUAAGAUGUCGGCCGUGACCAAGCAAGAAGACGGGAGACGUCUUGAGUAUCUGUGCCUUCAUGUUCACUCUUCCCCAAGCCGCCUCGCAUCACGUGACCCCCACGCCGCCACCCCCCCUCCCCGCCCACCAGCGUCGCGAAGAGCACAACAAACUUGCACUAAGACGUGUCAUUUUAUAAUCAGCGGCGUCCAAAGCCCAAAACACACCCGUUACCGAAACCGGAUACGUAAAAGUACCGGGGACGGCUCCGGCAAGUGAAACUGGAAAAUGGAGAUCUGCUUUUGUCCAUUUUGUAAACAUCAAGAUGAGAGGAAUGUGAUCCCAGCACCUUACUUUUAAGAUUUCCCACCUUGGACUGAUGGAAUAUUGGAGUUUGACCAACUUGAAAUGUGACGUAACGCAGGCUUGAGUAGUUUCCUUGCAGUACUUGGAGGUCGGCUGUCCAAAGUGCUCGUUUGUAUUGGCCCGCUACAUUUUGGAGAUGCAAAGUAGCAAACGCAACAUAAAAAACGCAUAAAAAAACCCUUCUAAAUAGGAUCUUUACAUGAUGAGCGCCCCUUAGGCAUGAAAUAACACCCUUGAUACAGUAGGGGGGGUCAAACAUGUUUUUAAUGAAUCACAUUUCUUACUUGUAGAGAUUCUUUUAAUCAAUUAAAAAAAAUAAAAAUAGUUAUUUAUUUUUUUUUAGUCAGGUUUGUCCAGCCACUCAAACAUAUAGUUUAUGUAGAUCAGGGGUCACCAACCUUUUUGAAACCAAGAGCUACUUCUUGGGUACUGAUUAAUGCCAAGGGCUACCAGUUUGUUACACACUUAAACAAAUUGCCAGAAAUAGCCAAUUUGCUCAAUUUACCUUUAAUAAAUAAAUGUAUAUACCGGUGUGUAUAUAUGAAAAAAAUGGGUAUUUCUGUCUGUCAUUCCGUCAUACAUUUUUUUUCCUUUUACGGAAGGUUUUUUUGUAGAGAACAAAUGAUGAAAAAAAAACAUAAUUGAACGGUUUUAAAGAGGAGAAAACAGGAAAUAAUCGAAAAUAAAUUUUGAAACAUAGUUUAUCUUCAAUUUCGACUCUUUAAAAUUCAACCGAAAAAAGAAUAGGAAAAACUAGCUCAUUUGAAUCUUUUUGAAAAAAUUAAAAAAAGAAUUUAUGGAACAUCAUUAGUCAUUUUUCCUGAUUAAAAUUAAUUUUAGAAUUUUGAUGACAUGUUUUAAAUAGGUUAAAAUCCAAUCUGCAUUUUGUUAGAAUAUAUAACAAAUUGGACCAAGCUAUGUUUCUAACAAAGACAAAUCAUUAUUUCUUCUAGAUUUUCCAGAACAAAAAUUUCAAAAGAAAUUCAGAAUACUUUGAAAUAACAUUUAAAUUUGAUUCUAAAGAUUUUUUAGAUUUGCCGGAAUAUUUUUUUUUUUAAUUUUAAUCAUAAUAAGUUUGAAGAAAUAUUUCACAAAUAAUUUCACAAAUGAAGAAUUAAAUUGAAAUGUAUUAUUCUUUACAAUAAUUAAAAAAAAAAAUACUUAAAGUGAAGUGAAUUCUAUUUAUAUAGCGCUUUUCUCAAGUGACUCAAAGCGCUUUACAUAGUGAAACCCAAUAUCUAAGUUACAUUUAAACCAGUGUGGGUGGCACUGGGAGCAGGUGGGUAAAGUGUCUUGCCCAAGGACACAACGGCAGUAACUAGGACGGCACAAGCGGGAAUCGAACCUGCAACCCUCAAGUUGCUGACACGGCCACUCUACCAACCGAGCAAUGCCGCCCACGAUUUUAAAUCGUCAGAAAAGAAGAGCAAGGAAUUUAAAAGGUAUAUUUGUUUAAAAAUACUAAAAUCCCUUUUAAAGUUGUAUUUUUUCUCUAAAAUGGUCUUUCUGAAAGUUAUAAGCAAAGUAAAAAAAAUGUAUGAAUUUAUUUAUACAAGUGAAGACCAAGUCUUUAAAAUAUUUUCUUGGAUUUUCAAAUUCUAUUUGAGUUUUGUCUCUCUUAGAAUUAAAAAUGUCGAGCAAAGCGAGACCAGCUUGCUAGUAAAUAAAUAAAAAAAAAAAAUUUAGGCAGCUCACUGGUAAGUGCUGCUAUUUGAGCUAUUUUUAGAACAGGCCAGUGGGCGACUCAUCUGGUCCUUACGUGUUGGUGACCCCUGAUGUAGAUCUGCUGUACACAUUUACUUUAGGAAAAAGAAGUGUUGGAUACUUCUCUUCUUGCCUUAUUUGUAUUUGACUUUAUUAAAUGUAUAGGUAGAAUUCUAUCAAACCAAACUUUUCUUGGAAGUAAUAUAUAACUUUAUCACAGCCGUUUGUUCAUCUAUUUUAUGGAAGAGCGUACUAACUCAUAGAACUGGCACUCAAUGUUAUUAAAAAAGUAUGUAUGAAUCCAAUAGUUACCCCCAAGAAUGGAACCCACAGCCCUAAUAUUGAGUCACCUUCACACUGGUCAUAGGCAACAUAGUAAUGCUGCCUCAGCCAAUGAGUGACCCCGAUACUGGACAGUCAACAGUACUCAUUGUUGACGCGUUAAAUAGAUUCGGCGAAAAAUUAAAGGCCUUAAAAUGGCAUAAAAAAAAAAGCAUUGUGAAGUGAAUUAUAUUUAUAUAGCGCUUUUUUUUUUUACAUAGUGAAACCCAAUAUUUAAGUUCAACUUCAACCAGUGUGGGUGGCACCGGGAGCAGGUGUGUUAAGUGUCUUGCCGAGGGACACGACGGCAGUGACUAGGAUGGCGGGAGCGGGGAUCGAACCGGGAACCCUACCAACCGAGCUAUACUGCCACGCAUGAAAAACAAUUCAUAUAAUUUGAAUUGGCUACAAAAAAAGACAAAGCAACUAAUCCAAUCCAAUCCACUUUAUUUAUAUAGCACAUUUAAACAACAAUAACGUUUCCAAAGUACUGUAAAAAAAAUAAAAAAAAUAAAUAUAAAACCAAUAAAAACAAAUAUGAUUAAAAACUAUUUUAAAGGGUAAAAUCAAUUAAAACAGUAAAAUAGAAAUCAAAGUGUAUAAAAAACACAGAGGACCACACAACUCACGUAGUGUUAAAAGCCAAAGAAUAAAACCAAUAAAAACAAAUAUGAUUAAAAACUAUUUUAAAGGGUAAAAUCAAUUAAAACAGUAAAAUAGAAAUCAAAGUGUAUAAAAAACACAGAGGACAACAGAGGACCACACAACUCACGUAGUGUUAAAAGCCAAAGAAUAAAAACAAUAUAAAAACAAAUAUGAUUAAAAA